UAGACGGUACUUUGGAAAAAGCCCAACCUAUACAUUUGCACAAUAACCAUCCCCCCCCCCCCAAGGAGAUCAGAGAACAGGAGCGCACUGUGCUUUUACGCAUGGAAGUUGGAAUCAGCCUAAAUACAUUUACGCAUGGCAGUGUCUCGUCUCUUCGGAAGAUGCAUCCGAGCUUGUGAGGGCUUCUCAGGGCGUCAAGAGCGGGGUACAAAGUGAGCAGCGAUGCGGGGCACUGAGCUGUUGCUCGGGUACUUUCUAGUGAAAAUUAUGGUGUGCAACGCGGAGGGCGAGCCGGGUCAAACCGUCGACGACUUCAUGCUGGUGACCGAGUUUAACGACUCAAAGGAAGGGGAGAGCGGGGUCACGGAGAGCCCGCAUGUGGAGGACAAGUGCCGCGGCUACUACGACGUGAUGGGCCAGUGGGAUCCGCCGUUCGUGUGUAGGACGGGCAGCUACCUGUACUGCUGCGGCACCUGUGGCUUCAGGUUCUGCUGCGAGUUUAAAAGCUCCCGACUGGACCAGACCAACUGUAAGAACUACGACACCCCGCCGUGGAUGAUGACAGGAAGACCCCCACCGAAAGUGGACGUGUCGCUGGACGCCACGAAGGAUAAAACUAACCUCAUUGUGUACGUGAUAUGCGGGGUCGUGGCCAUAAUGGCACUGAUAGGAAUUUUCACCAAGCUAGGUUUGGAAAAGACGCACCGUCCGCACCGAGAAAAUAUGUCAAGAGCUCUUGCACAUGUUAUCCGCCAUCCUGCCUCGGAACAUACGGACGACAUUGGACUUGGCCAGCACUAUGAGAACAUACAGACCAGAGUCACAGUUAACAGUCUCCAUAGCAGCCAGAUGAACAACAUGGCUCAGGCAUCGACUUUUAUAACACAGCUUUACCCGGCUGUGGGACAGAUUCCCAGCCCCUAUGAACAACAGAAGCCCGUCAAGGAUCUCAACAAGUACGCCACGCUGAAGGCUGUGGCAGAGAAAGCUAAUGACAGCUUCUACAGCAACCGGCAGCAAGUGAUCGAGAUGACAACCAAGGGAAGCCUUCCCAUGGAAGCUGUGGAUAUGGAGCCAGAGCCGAGUAAUCCUUACAGCCCACCCAGACAGGUGUCUGCAAAGCAGAAUGGUCACAAGUACAAAAGCCCCAAAAGCCACAGCUCCCAGUCGCUGUCCUACAGCUCCAACACUGCUGCCAGCCUGGGUGUGCUAAGAUCCUGGGAGAGCAGGGACAUGCUGGGACUCAGACAGAGCUAUGGCCCAAAGAAACUCUGCAUCAUAGAGAAGGAGCUGCACACCACUCGCUACAUGCCUCCACAACCAUACUUUGUAACCAACAGCAAGACAGAAGUGACAGUAUGAGGGACUUUCGAAGCAUCCGGCUGAAACAGUAGCUGCUGAGUGUUGAAUUAAUCAGCAUGGACUAUAGUAUGUGCAGUUGUGCAUGUGAUGGGCAGUAUUAAAGAUGCCACGUAAAAAGUGAAGUGUACUGUAACAGGACUCGGUAUCAAUCACUGCUCCUCAGGAGGGCACAGUGAUGAAUAUGUUGUCAUCGAUAUUCAUAUAAUCCAACUGCUAAAACAAAAACACAAAAGUUACAUAACUCACUUAUAACAGACACGUGACACAUACAGUGCUAUUGUCAGUAGUUACUGAGAUAUUAAUGGACCUUAACAUUUAAGUAUAUUAUGUCAUUUCAAAUAAAUCAACAUUGUGUAAAUGUAACUCAGUCUCCUACCAAAUUGCAUACACAUACAUCUAAACUGCUUUCUCAAUUAAGUUUCUAAGAAACAGAUUUACUCCUGGACAAUGUUACAGCUUUAAACACAUGGUUAACUUUGGAAAUUAAAACAAAACACAAAAAAAA